AUGGGAAGGGAACUCGAUCGAUCGAAGUUAUCGUUCGAGCUCCUCGGAACGACAGUGUCUGAGCCAACAAUCGAAGAAGGACGGGUUAGUUCGGCAGCGAAGGACUGGUGCAGUCGACUUCAGGAGCUAAUUGCGCCCGCCUUGAGCGCACCGUUCCUCGACAUCAUUUUCAACAUGCAUCAUUGCGUUGCUUUCUUCUUCGUCACGUAUUUUUCUACGUGUACAGCCACUACUAAAAGUAGUGGUUUCUUCCCGAUGUCUCCUGGUGAAAUAGAAGAAGAAACUCGUGAGUCGAAAAGAACUGUGCAUCCUUUUUUCCUUUCAUCGAAUAAAGGUGCUAUCGUGGACAUAGCGGUGCCAGAAGAACAACGUCUAUACGGUCGCGAAUCUCAGGCCUUCUUGGAAAGCCGGCCGGUUGCAUUUGGAGUGCAAAACUUCCGAAAGUUAAUGAAUUCUGGCAACUCACCCACUUUACACGGGCCGACGGAAUCGACAGAUACCGCAAACGAAAGAAGCGUAAGCGACCGUGCAGCAGCCAAUCUAACUUUUCCAUCGCUCGGCUAUCGUCCUCCACCUCCACCGGUUCGCCGUGCUAUAGACAUCUCACCUCGUUGUCGCUUUGAUGCCGACAAAUGGGCUCUUCAUAUGGAAUCGACGCUCGCCUACGCGACAAUGUUUGAUAGAAAAACGGGAGAAUCAUGCGAAGAAUGUUUGGAAAGGUGUAUGCAAAGACAGGCAGGAACUUGGACUUGCCGAUCUGUCGUCUACGACAGUACGUGGCACAUCUGUGAUAUGUUCGCAGUUGCUGGAACAGCAGCUCCUUUCACAUUGGUCGAAUAUCAAGGCAGGGACUACUUCGAGUAUCUCGCUGCUCAACCUCCAUCAGAUGAUGAGCUUUCCCAGGCCAACGACUUCUUCCGUCAGCAGCAACUCGCUGAAUUUGACAAGAAGAUCACUGAAAGGUGUGAGAGGAAACAACACGACAAGGUCUCAGGAGUGAAAACGCAGGAAGUCCACAGCAAUACGUAUGAUGCAAUACCGGUGAAAGUGCAGCUGGAAGCAGACGAGAAAGAACUCGAGAAAAGAGAGAAAGAACGAGGAAAAAAGGAACGGAAGCAGCUGAAAACGGUGAAAGACAGUGUGCCAACCACAAUUUCACUAUCUUCCACAGAUCCAGUCUCUGGGAUCCUAACCACGGAAUAUCCAAUUCCGGAGUCAAAGACGAUAGCCACUGAGAACGAAAUGGCUGCGACCACGCCAGAUGAAGGAAAAGAAGAAGAAAACACAUCUAGUCCAACAGAAGUAACUGAGUCCAGUACCGCGGUAAUCGAGACUACUGCAGUCACCUUAAAGAGUAUCAGAAGAAAACCUGCCAAAAAGGAAAACAAAAAAGCUAGCCGCGAAAAGCAAAAGGAAUUCUGGAGCAUUUCAUGGGAACGAGGCGAAAUUCCUGUCGAAAGGGAGCAAAGAUCGGAGUUGGAAGCAUUACGUAGCGGACAAAUUCAAGGACGUAAAUUAAAGAAGAUAAUUAGGAAGAAACCUUUCAAGGAUGUUAAAACCAAUUCAACCUUAGCCACAACGACUGAGGUGAUUCAGGAACUGUCGCAAGACGUUGCUCGGGAAAAGAUUCAAUUGUAUCAACAGAGAAAAGCUGCUGAAGUUGAACAAAUGACAACAUCUCCGAAAAAGCGACGAGUUCGCAUUCAGCGCCGACGGCUCUAUGGAGAUCUCGAGGAAGGAACUAAGGUCGAUGGAGGAAGGAGACAGAGCAGGAGACGUGGGAGUUCUGACAGUGACGGUGACCAGUAUACACUGAAGAAUGUAGAAGUCAGCGAAAAUCAGAUAGAUGAAACAAAAGAAGUGGAAAAAAUCGAUGAGAAGAAACCGACGAAAAAAGGAGUAUCACACAGAAAAAUCCAGAUUGCUGAGGAACCAUCAGUUUUGAGCAAUCCACCAAUGAACCCACCAACGACACAUCCCAACACAACAAGAAAUGCAGAAACCGCAGCUGAAAUAUUGAGAACGGCGCUCGCGAAGGAGAUCAGAAAAUUCAUUUCGAAGGAAUUGGAUCACAAGAUGAGGGAUACACUUCAUCGAGUCCACGGUACUCGCCUGUUCGAAGAAAGUGAGGAAAUGAAGACUGGUUCCGAACUCGUCCCGAUGACUUCAAAACACAAAUCCCAUAAAGAACGGGUCUUUCCUACAAAUAUCUGCGAAGAACACGAAAAACUUGUGAUGAUGACGUUUGCCGAGUCGACCAGGAAGCCGUAUACCACCGCCAUCGAAAUGGUGAAAGUACGCGAUCAGCAACAUUGCCUAGACUUGUGCAAACAGAGCUUAGAUUGCUCCUCAGCCGUGUUCUCUUCAUCUUCGUCCUUCUGCGAAAUGUCCGCAACUCGUGCGAGGCACACGAUUCCUGAUAUAAGGCCUUCUUUGAACGAAACCUACAUCGAGAAGGCUUGCGUAGACAGCGAAAUUAUCAGAGGAAGAGCAACAAAUAUUGUGGGUGUUGCGAACCAUAUUCUGGCUGGUUUUGUGGAACAGGUUGAGGAUGCUUAUGGCGUUGAACAGUGCAUAGCAGCAUGUUAUAUGGCCUUGAAACAAUACGGAUUCCAUUGCAUGUCUGCGAUGUGGUACCCAAUGGAUAAGCACCAGAACUGUCUCCUGAAUAGUGAAUCUAGGAGAACCCAGCCAAAGCUGUUCAUAGCGGAAGACACCGGUCAUCAAAUGAUUUACUUCGAACAUCCAGAUGCACCGCUUUAUAAGAGGAUGCACGACGACACUUCAGGGGAAAAAAGUCCAACAACAGACGAUGUCUGGACCGCCUGGUCCUUGUGUAACGGUAAAGAAGAGCGUGUCAGGUACUCGCGGUGUAAAGAACAUAUCGAUAUUCGAAAAUGUUUAAAGGAAACCGCGAAAUGUGAAAAAGCAGCCGUUAUUCCGUCAUAG